AUAUGUUGCAAUACUCACAAUCUCAUCACAUAACUCACUCACAACGUUCAAAACACGAGUUCUUUGGAUUUUUCUGAAAUUUUUCUCUGUUUUACUUGCCUUAUAAACUUCAGUAAUCUCAAUCCAGACUGUUUCUGUGACUUCCUGUUAGAAUUAUAUGAUAUAAUGACCUCUGUUUCCGGUGUUGGUACUCCAGAGGAUAAUGCUGGCAUGGCACCAUCGCAGUCCUCGGUAAUUGGUCCGCUCAUUUUUUCCAAAGAUGAUUACGGAAGUCCUCCAGCAACCAGAUUGGCGGAUGAUACAUCGGUAGCCUGCAUGUUGUGCGAUGAUAUAUACAACUUUCGACUAGGAGACUCGAGGGACCAGUACCUAGCGCAUCUAUACAUGAUCCAUCGUUUAGUGAUUGCAGACGUUGAUGAAGUUAGUUGUUUAGCCAGCUAUAGCCAAUUUUGGAAGGAACAUUUUCGAGAACACCCACUGGAAAAGUUUUGUUCAGUUAUGUUUAUGAACCAACUGCCUGAUGGUACCCCCGUGAACAAAGAAAAAUACUUCCUGUUAAGUAAUAUUGAACCGAUGGAUAAGGAAUUAAGGCAGCGAUUGAAGCGUGACAUGAUGGAAUUAGUUUUAACGCGGCAUCAAUUUGAGCGAACCGAUCGCAACUUUAAUCGGGGUUGUUUAUAUUGUAAAGAUUACCAAGCCGAAACUAGAGCGGAUUUUGUGGAGCAUCUCUACACAAAGCACUUUUUGCUGUUAGGCAAAGCGGAGAAUUUAGUUUUCGUAGAUGAACUUGUGGACACUGUACGAGAUAAGAUGAAGCAAUUAAUAUGUAUAUUCUGUGAAAAAAUAUUCAAGGAUAGACCUACACUCAAGGAGCACAUGAGAAAAAAAGGACACAAGCGAAUAAAUCCUGAUCUGAAAUUUUACGAUCGUUUCUUUUUGGUCAAUUAUAAGAACGAUCGGCUCAAGAAACCUGCUGCAAAACCACCGGUUUCGACAAAAAUGCGAGCCAAUGAGAACUCACCUUUCCAUUCAGAAGACUCAGAUUCAGAUUGGUCCGAUUGGUAUGGUGAAGAACAGCCAACAACCUGCCUUUUCUGUUCGAUUAGCGAACCGAAGAUUGAGUGUCUGAAAGAUCACAUGAAAACAGAUCACAACUUUGAUUUUGAUUCCCAUGUAAUCGGUUUGAACUUCUAUCAGCGGGUCAAGAUUGUGAAUUACAUUCGAAGACAAAUGCAUGUAUUGAGAUGCGUACUCUGUCGUGAAGAGUUUUGCACUAAGGAUCAUCUGCUGGUGCAUCUUAAGGAAGCUGCUCAUUUCAGUAUCGGAGAAUCACAAUACUGGGAUCAACCCGAAUAUUUUUUCCCCACGUAUGAAGAUGAUCAGUUUUUGUGCCAUCUAGAAGACGAUAGCCCAGAUCAAUCGGACGACAGCUCUAUGGUUGUUUCUGAAAAGGUUAAUGCCAACGUAAGUACCGAAGCAGAAUCGCUUUCACUGGAAAAUUUUAGAUUGGAGUAAUUAGAUUGAUUUUCAAUAAAUAUGGUUCGAUUUACAAA